AUGUGCUACUUCAUGAGGGUAGGGGUGAAUCGAGAGUGGAUGUAUGAAAGGUUAGAGGGGAACUUCCUUAGCCCAACUUUUGCUAACAAGGUUGAUGAAUUCAUUACAUAUGCUACCACCCAAGAUAAUGUUGUGAUAGAUAGGAUGAUGAAAUGUCCAUGUGCCAAGUGUCGAAAUAUUCCAUAUGAAGAUCUAGAGACCGUUAAGGUGCAACUCUAUAGGUUUGGUUUUACGCCUAAUUAUUAUCGAUGGGUUUUUCACGGGGAAAAUAGUGCCUCCACUUCCACUGAGCGUACAUCUAACCCUUAUAGAAGCAUGGUAUUAGAUGCCUUUAGACAAGAAAGUGAUUUAGAGGACAUUGAAGAAGAACCACUUCCUAGUCACAAGAAGUUUUUUGACAUGUUGAAGGCAGCGGAGGAGCCAUUAUAUGAUGGUUGCAAGUUGUCUUUGUUAUCCGCUGCUGCACGAAUGGCAAAUAUCAAGUGUGAGUAUAAUAUUCCUCGUAGAGCAAUAGAUGGUUUUGCUUCCUUGAUGAAAGAUAUGUGCCCAGAUGAAAAUAAGAUGGCAGAAAGCUUUUAUAAGACAAAGACAUUACUUAAGGGAGGUCGUUAUAAGACAUUCAGGAAUAAUGACAACAAUUCUCCUCAUAGUGUUCUGACUUAUUUCCCAAUUUGUCCUAGAUUGCAGAGACUAUAUGCGACAAAAUCUACUGUUGAGCAAAUGAGGUGGCAUAAGGAUAAUCCUCGAGAUAAUCGCCUAAUGUCUCAUCCAAGUGAUGGAGAAGCAUGGAAACAUCUAGAUAAAGAGUAUGAAUCUUUUGCCGCUGAGUUCCGAAAUGUCCGACUUGGUCUUUGUACUGACGGAUUUUCACCAUUUGGGAAGACGGGAAAACAAUAUUCAUGUUGGCCAGUCAUCUUGACUCCUUAUAAUCUUCCCCCCGGGUUAUGUAUGAAGAAACCUUUUAUGUUUCUUAGUCUGAUAAUUUCGGGUCCAAAAAGCCCUAAAGGGAACCCUGAUGUGUUCUUGCAACCUCUUAUUGAAGAGUUAAAACUACUAUGGGAGAUAGGAUUGCCAACUUAUGACAUCUCCAACAAACAAAAUUUUCAAAUGAAAGUUGCAUUGCAUACGGCAUGCUCUCAGGAUGGACCACGGCGGUUUUUAUCCCAUAAUCAUGUUUUUCGAAAAAAUAAGAGUGCAUUUCGUAAAGACACGGUUGAAAACUCUUCUCCUCCACCACGAUUGAGUGGAGAAGAAGUUUGGAAUCGUGUAUCUUUGUUACCAAAAACUACUGAGUGCAUAAGGAAUGAAGGUAAGCGGCCUGAAUGGUAUGGUAUCUUACACCAUUGGACAAAGCAAAGUGUCUUUUGGGAGCUUCCAUAUUGGAGAAAACUCUUGAUACAUCACAAUCUUGAUGUCAUGCACAUUGAGAAAAAUGUGUUUGAUAAUGUUUUUCACACUAUAAUGGAUGUUAAGGGGAAAACUAAAGACGAUUUGAAGAUGUCAUCCAACAUUGGUAAUCCUGGAAAAAGUGUUCAAGAAGUUGAACAAGAGGAUGAUGAUGUAAGAAGUGCUCGUUUCUCCAUCCGAAAAUAA